GUUGCUCAUCGUACUGCCUCAUCUGGAGUCCGAUGGGCAAAGACGUUCGCCAAAUAUAAUUCUGGCACUUACAACAACCAGUGGAACAUCCUUGAUUAUAAGAAAUUCCGUCAAGGCCAGCAGGACAAGCUUCUUCAUGGUCUGCUGCAUGUAUUGGAACAGCUACCGAACCAUGUUGUGCACACUGACAUGACGCACACUCUGCUCCGACAGCAAUACUGGCCAAGUUACAAUUCACCGUAA